AUGGCAACGCUGAUCUUUAUUGAUCAGGAGAAUGGUGGAGUUGGUGCUACUAAGAAUCAGCUAAGACUCCCAUCAGGAUCCUCAAAAGUCUUAUCUGAAAGAACACAAGUUAAAACUCCACUUCCUAAAAAAGCAAUCAGUACACCUCCAGUCAUUUCUCACUCUGUCAGAAAGGCUCUUGGAAAUGUGAAUAGAACUGGGGGAGUCACAAGCAAGUUGGAAAAGAUAAAACAGAAAAAUCAGCCUUGCACUGAAAACAAAAUUACUGAAGAGACCACUGGAUUAGAAAGCUGCAAUGCAGUGGCUGAAGAAGACUGUCCAGAAAUAGAAAAUAUGUUUCCUUGUGAUCCUCGAGAUUUUGAGAGUUUUGAUCUUCCUGAAGAGCACAAAAUAAGCAAUAUCAACCUGCGUGGUCUUCCCCUCAUGAUAUUUGAGAGGACAUAUGACACUGUUGUGAACAUGGUUCCUUCACCUACAAAGAUUGAAGAGAUUUCAUGGGAGUCUAAUUUGCUACAAUCAACUUCUGACUUCCUUGCUACCCUGGAUGAGAUCAUUGACAUGCCACCUCCAAAUUAUGACCUCUAG